GUUGUCGGUGGAUUGUUGUAGAUGGAUUAUUGUAGAUGGAUUGUUGUAGAUGGAUUAUUGUAGAUGGAUUGUUGGAUGCUUUGUUGUAGAUGGAUUGUUGUAGAUGGAUUGUUGUCGGUGGAUUGUUGUCGACGCUUUCUUCUAGAAGCGAAUACACGUACAGUUGCAGCUACAUACAGACGUGCACAACAGAUUCCAUCUCGCCACUUGACGAUUCUUUGAGCCCUGUUUCACGAGAAAGAAAGCAGAAUAACCUCAUCCAUCACUCACUCCUUUGUUCCUCAUUCCAAAAGUCCCCCAAAAGUCUACAGCUCCAUCGAGGUGACAGCUCCCUCGAGGUGCGGUGUAUCGCCCUUUUCUCCGCGGACGAAGCAAUAUCGAUGUCAGCCGACAGCAAUCAAAUCUUUAUAUAUGAAUGUGCGAAUAGUAAUUGAUUUACCACACUGUUCAUACCUGAAUUUCCGAUGAUGAAAUAGAUCGUGAAGACUUCGGCUAACUUGCGCUGUUGCAUGAG